AUGAGAGCCGUCGCGGCUGCCGCCUCUCCCCCGCUCCGUGUCCUCCUCCUCCUCUCCCCCCACCUCCCUGCCCCAACCUCGCGACCCCGGUCCCGGUUCGCCAUGAACCCUUCGUCCUCCUCAUCCUCCUCUGGCGGCUACCACUCCAGGGCCGCUGCCUUCGCUUCCCCGCAGCCGCGCGGCGGUGGCGGGAGGCGGCGCGGUGGCGGAGACGGGAGCGACCGCAUCGACGCCCUCGGCCGCCUCCUGUAG